GCUUUCCAAAGAAAAGAAUCAGAGAAGAAAAUGGAGAAGGCAUUGAGAGUGUACACAGAGGUGCUGAGGCUGGUGCGACGCCUGCCGAAGGACACGAGGCCGUACUACGCCAAAUACGCCCGCGAGAACUUCGUCAACUACAGGGAAGUCGACGCCUCCGACUCCACUGCCCUCGACGAGCUCUUCCACCGCGCCUACAACCACUCCCUUUGGGUCCUAAACAAGUAUUCGGUGGAGGAGUCGGCUGCAAGUAGGUUGAAGGAGAUUUGUUACGGGCCAUGAGUGAAUACCAGUUAACUGUUUGAUCUUAUGCUUAAAUGAGCUCGCGGUGCGCUUCCCCUUCUUUUUUCUGGAAAUUUUAUAGCUACUAAUAUAAUACGGAUGAUAGUGAUUUUCUGGUUUCAUGUUUUUAUUGGACUGAGUUUCCGAACGGACCAUGUAUGCAUGGUAGAUAAUUUGGUUGAGGUAAAUGUCCUCAGUUUAGCUAGAGUUGAAUGUUGGGGUGAUGCAGCUUGGUCUGUUUAAUAAUGCAAUUUAAAUUUU